CCCUCAGGGAAGACGCGCCGGGGUGCGCGGCGGCGGCUGGGCCGCGGAACUGGGCUGGCGGCGAUGGAGCGGGCGGACGGCGGGCGCGUGGUGCUGUGCGUGCUGUGCGGGCUGCCGGCCGCCGGCAAGUCCACGCUGGCCCGCGCUCUGCGCCGCCAGCUGCCGCUGCGCCAAGGCUGGGACUGCGCGCUGCUCGUUUACGACGACCUCAUCCCCGAGGAGGCCUGGGGGCGGGGCGAGCCUCCGGACGGGGAGCCCCCAUUGGACUCCGCGUGGAAGCGGCGGCGGCGGGAACUGCUGCGGCACCUGGAGCGCCUCCUGCGGGCGCUGCGCUCCCACCCCGCCCCGCCCGGCCCCGCCGCCGCCCCGCCCUCGUGGGGCCGCUUCCUGAGCUGCUGCGCCGAGCAGGGGCUGCUCCCGGGGCGGGGCGGCGGUCCCGGGACCCGCCCGCUGUGCCUCGUCCUGGAUGACAACUUCUACUACCGCAGCAUGCGACACGAGGUGUUCCAGCUGGCGCGCAAGUUUUCCACGGAAAUAAACGGGAGGCAUUACUUUUGGAACGAGCAGCGUAGCAGUGCUGCCCUCGGGAUUGGGCUCCUUCCGUCUGCAGGGUCAGCAUUCGUGCACGGCCUCGUCCAGACAUCCGUCCAUUGCAUCCCUGCAGAUUCCCUGGGCUUCUGCCAGCUCUUCCUGGAGUGCCCCCUGGAGCUGUGCCUGCAGAGGAACCGCCUGCGGGGCAGCCCUGUGCCCGAGGGGACCAUCUGCCGCAUGGCACAGCGGGUGGAGGUGCCGGAGCCUGAGAAGAACCCCUGGGAGCAGAACAGCCUCGUCCUGAGCAGCUCUGCGUGCGCCCCGGAGGAGCAGUGUGACAGUGGGCUGAUGGAGGCUUUCCAUGUGCAGAUAAUUAAUUUGCUGGGCGCUGCGUUGGAGAAUCCUGUGAAGCAAAACGAGGAAAACACUGAGCAGAAGGAAGCAGAUCGAGCCAUCUGUGCAGCCAGCACUGUCCAUCAAGCUGAUCAGACAUGCAGACGAAUCAUCUCUCAAACUAUGAAGGAGGCAAAAGAUAAGAACGUGCUCCCAAGUGAGAUGAAAAGCCUGGCAGAAGAACUCAACAAACUCAAAGCAGAAUUCUUGGAAGAUUUGCGGCAAGGAAGUCACGUGGGAAACGAAUCUGGCCAACAGAAUCCCACCGUGGACCCUGCUGCCAGCGUGCUUUCUUCAUUCCAACCAGUACUGCUGAAAACAUCUAAGAGUGACAGCUUCCUUCGCUGGAGGGCUCAGCCACCUCUAACUCCUGCCCCUGGAUUAUGGAACAGGGAUGCUGGAUAGCACAGUGGCCUGGGAGGGACGCCUGGAAGUCGUCAAGUCCCGCUUCCCUCUUGCAGUGGGACCACCAUCAGGCUGGCCUGGCUUUCCCAGAACCUCAUCCAGCUGAGGUUUUGAAGAGCACCUUGAACGGCAGCCUGCUCGGCUCUGUCCCAACAGGUAGCUGAGCAUUUCCACAGCUCUUCUGUGCCUGAGAAGGUGUAAAAGCAAGAAGUGAGAUGGCACUUAGCAUGUGAAGUGAUAGGUUGAUAAAGAAUGAACUGCAGCAUCCAUAGUCAGGGUAUAAUAGACAUGUUCCAUUCAAGUACUGUCUCAGUUUCCCAAGUCCAAUUUUUAGGUCAGGCUCUGGCCUCUCUACAGCAACUCUGUAAAGGAAAAGAUUUGAAACACCUUAAAUUGAGAUUCAGAGCUGCAGGCACACGUGAAUGCAGGUAGGAGUAGCUUGGAUGUCCAAAGGAACUUUAAAGUUGGUGCUGCCUUCAAAGCUGCUACAAAUGAUAUUCAUUGAGCUUCUGUGCAUAGGGACAACCAGGUUAGGGUGAUGAAAGGUUUGAUCUCACCUUCCAUACCUUACCUAAAGCACACCUGGGCACGAGCAGUUCACCAGCUGACCCACGUGCAAUCAAAAGAUAAAUCGCUGUAAGGCUUAAUUAGAAAGUAUUAUUUUAUUCUUACCUUACAAAAGCAAAGCUCCACAACAUGAACUACACUCUAGAUAUAGUCGAGUUAUUUCAGAAUUAACCCUGUCUUCUGAAAACAUCCACUACACGGUAAAAUUUAGUUUACAGUUCUAAUGGAUUUCAUUUUUGCAUACAAAAUAUGCUCUUUACAUUGAAAUACAUAUUAUUAACAAAGCAGGUACUUAGAAGCACAUACACAAAGAUUGCUCAAUGAAAAAUGCUUCGGCAGGGUAUACAUUUUCCUGCACCCAAACAUCCAUUUGCUGUAGAUUUUCAAAGAAGCUGAAAAUUAAUAGAAAACUUGCCAGUGAAGACUUCUAAAUUACAUUCCCAUCGUCCAAAGAAAAAAAAAAAAAGCAAACAAGCAAACCCCCAAAACAUCCUGGAACAGAAAUACAACAGAUCAUUUUGCUAGGAAACAAUGGCACACGUCCUUGAGUUUUAUGUUAAAAUGCCAGUUAAAGUUUUAUGUCAAAAUUAACUUUAUCUAAGCAUUGUAUCUGUGGCAAACCAACUAUUACUACUCUCUGUUAGCUGCUUUACAGUUGGUUUAAGUACUAACUGAGAUAACCUACCAAGAUCUUCACGCUCACUGGAAUACUCCUUCUCAAGGUACUGAGUCUGUAUUAAGAGUGCUAGAAAUAAUGCAUGUUCAAAUUAUCAACAAAUCUGUAAAAUAAUCUAUCACAAUAAAAACAAACAAGCAAACAAACAAAAAACCCCAUUAACUUAAUGUUUUGCAACUACAGAAGGUACCAGAGUCAAGGUAUGGGGAAAAAAAUAGAUCAGCUCGUUCCCAAACUUCCCUGUGAAUAUGAGGUAAGAUGCUUGUUACCACCUUACAAUACAGAGGUUUGUUUUCAUAAAGAAAAGCCAGUGCAGUGCAGCUCAUGGAGAAGCCAAUGUGGAAAGGCCCACUAACCAAGGUCUUGAUCCCAUGGUUCCUUAAGGGAAUCCCUCACUGACUGACUGACUAAGGCCUGCUUGUGCAUGGCAAUUGUCAGGAUCAUCAUCCAUUUUCCAGUACUAAUUCUGUUGUUUAAGUUAUAGUAGACAGUAUGUACAACAAAACCAAGAGGAAAAUACACCUUCCAAGCCUACUCAGUAGUCAGAAGGAACUAGUUACAGUCAGGGAACUGUGUAGCACAACAGAACACACAGUAUUACAUAGGGCCCCUUUCAGUAAGGCCAUGGAGGCUCCCUCUUCCUACCAGCUACUUCUCAUAGUGACCUUACUGCUCUACCUAAAAUGACACACAGGGGAAUUAUAGUUCAGAAAUCAUUGCAUUAGACAGAAAGUCCACACUGCUUGUAGGCACUGCUGAAGAAAGUCGGAAUGGAUUCAAAACAA